AUGGAGUUACAAAGUAAAAAUAGUUUUGUUGAUAAUAAUCGGUCAAUGAGAAUAUGUUGUGUAGUUGGAUGUAGCAAUUCGGAAAAAAAAAAUCCAGAAUUGAGUUUCUAUUCUUUUCCUGGACGUAAUUAUGAAGUUGAGAGGAAACAAAAAUGGAUAGCUGCCGUAAGGCGUUUAAGCGAAGGAAAUAAACUGUGGCAACCGACAGCCAAUUCUCGAAUAUGCAGUGCGCAUUUUGACGGAGGCUGUAAGUCAGAUGAUCCUAGAAAAGUCAGUUACAUUCCUACAAUUUUUCCUGAAAAAUAUCGUUCAAAAAAUAAGUAUGAUCAUGCGAGAGCUGAAAGAUUGCAGAAACGAAACGAACAAAAAUCAAGAGAAGAAUGUGAAAUCAUUACAUUUCAAAAUUCCAAUUAUGAUGAUUCAACAUUCAAUCUAACCCAAAAUGAUUCAUCGACCUUGGUAGAAACUUUUGACAUUUGUAUACAAACUGACAUAACUUUGGAUAUUCCACAAAAUAUUAAUAUCAUUCACUUAUUUUGUUCCUCUGAUGGUAACGAUAAAAGUACACAAACAGAUAUACAGUUGACUAGCUACCGUACAAUCAAAGAGAAGGUAGUUGUAGAAGAUCAGGAAAUACAAGAAGAGAUAAGUAAAUUGAAUAAAAACUACAAAAGUGUAGCUUGUGGAUCAGAUUUAGAGAUGAGGGAUUAUUUCACAGGAUUUGCUGGUAUCACAAGUGAGCAAGAUUUAAAAAUUUUGACUGGAAUAAAAUUCGACGUCUUUAAUCAUCUGUUAAAGUUUAUAAUACCUGGAAAGGAUGGGCAACCACAGUUCUUUAGAACACUAUCUACAGAAGAUCGUUUGUUAUUAUUUCUGAUGAAAUUAAAACUAGGAAUAAGCUUUUCUGCAAUCGGAUUACUUUUUGGAGUGAGCAGACAAACAGUUUCAAAUAUAUUUUUUAGCAUACUGGAGACUGUCUAUAAAAAUGUAAAAAAAUGGAUAUUUUGGCCAUCUAAGGAAGCUGUAAAACAGACUAUGCCAGAUACCUUUGUCAACUAUCCCGAUUGCAGAGUGAUAAUUGAUUGCACUGAAGUUUAUACUGAUACACCUUAA